GAUCAUGAUCCACUAAUAACCAAAGAGAAAGGGAUUGUAUGAUGUGUUCCAAUUUGUUAGCACUACUCUUGGUGUUCCUUAACUUAUAUAAAACCCAGAGUACAGAAGUGUUUAGAAAUGAGCUGGCGUUGCUUCAACCCUACCUUGAGAACUAUAUACAUCCUUCUCAUCCUUGUAUUGUGUCAAUUAUUGGAAACUGGACUAAACAGGAUGAGGAGAUAGUUGAAGAAAUGAUAGAAGCUAAGAUGAUAUUAAAUGAGAUUGAAACAAUGGCUCUGAAGAAUGGAGAAGGACUGGAGGACUGUCAUCUUAUAAUUACUAAUCUCAAGACUCCACAGGAAGAGUUGGAAAACAAGUUUUGUAUUUCUAAAAGAAAAAGAGAGUGCGUGUUCAUCAAAAUAACCGAAUCUACAGUUGUAACAGAUCUGACAAAGUCUAGUCUUGAGAUUCAGAAAACUGAUGAUUUAAGUAUUCUUAAUCUUUAUUUUCCUGGUUGUGGACAAAUAUACAGAAGUAUGUGGAUAUUUAAUCAUAAGCAUAACAGAACUACUAGAAAUACAAGGCUUAAAAUAAAGCAUCUGUGUAUGCUCAAGGGGGUUCCACGAGAUAGAUUUGAUUCCCUCCAGGUUAAAGAUCUUGAGGGUAUUAACGUUCGUGUGGAACACUUUGAUAUCUACUGGUUUUACAGGGCCUCAUACAAUGGAACAAAUAAGAAUGGAGAAGUGAUACCUUCUGGACCAGAUUAUUCAGCUUUUUAUAUUUUUGCUGAACAUUUUGGUCUGAGCUUUACAAUGAAAGCAGAAACUCGAUGUACAGUAAUUAAUGAAACCCACUUUACUGGAGCAUGCAAACAUAUUGUUGAUGAUGAGAUUUUUGCUUAUAUCCAUGUUUCUGACAUCUACUUCUUCUAUGGACCAAAUAAAACAGUUUUAUUUAAUAAAGUGAACAUAUUACCCAUCUCGAACUCAGGAACGACCUUGGCUUGUCCUCUACCUCUUAAGAAGACAAACUUUUUUCAAAUAAUUCAACCGUUCAGCUUUGAGGUUUGGAUAAUGGUGAUAUGUAUUACUGCAGGAUCAAUAUUCAUUAUGUACUCUUUUGUAGUACUUGAUGAAAACCUAUUAUCUUAUGAUUCCAAUAUAUCUCUGAUCGAUGUGGGUCUGUACUCAUAUGGAGCUUACUUCCAGGAACCCUUUCAUGUCAAGAUGAGGAAAGGGAAGAGGUAUAUUCAAUGCCUACAGUUUUUUUGGCUGCUAUGGACAUUUUUUAUCAUGGUUUCUUGGCAAUGCGAUCUAAGGGCAAAUCUAAUGGCUGCCGAGUAUGAACCUGAGAUUUCUUCAGUACAACAAUUCCUUACUAAGUCAAACAGAAAGCUGUUUGUGGACGCGGCUUAUUCAACAUGGGUGGAGAAAUUCCACACUGGUUUUAUCCAGGGGUUAAAAUACCAAGGAAGGCAUGUGAUCAGGAAUAGUGAAAGUGCAGAUGCCAUUACUGAAAAUGGAGGAUGUGUUGUAGUUGACAUGAACACAAUGAGACACUUGAUAAUUCAACAGCAGCUCAAAAAAGGAAAGAUAACAUUGUCCCUGUCUACUACUCAUGGUGGACUAGGUGUUGUUGUUCCUAAAACACAUGAAGGUUGGAUGUAUAGAAGAAACGGAGACUAUCUUGAAAGUAUUCAGAGGUUUAUUACUAGACUCAGGGAUUCAGGAUUGAUAAUACAGAUAGACAGAGUUCACUAUGGAAGAGCUCUGAAGAUAGCUGAAGAGGAAUCUGAACCUGAACCACUUUAUAUGGAGAGCUUUUAUCUUGUAUUCUUUAUCUACUUGGGUGGUAUACUGGUAGCUUCUCUUACUUUUAUCUAUGAAAUUUGGAUUAACCAUAAGAAAAGAAAAUCUGUGAUUAAAAGAAUGAAAAAAACAUGUUCUCAACUCUCACAAUAAAUAAGCAUAUGAA